AUGCAAAUAACAAAGAAAAAGCCCUCCGAAGAACCCAUGGAUGUGGAUGAGACUCCAGCUAGAGAAAACACAGACGGCGACGCUGAAGUGGACCAUAUAUCUGAUGAUGAAGAGGGUGGUAUACGUAUAGGAGAUAUAUACAUUCCUCCAGCUCCUCGCCCGGCGCUUACGUUCGAUUCAACUGGUCCAAGGUUGAUUAUUACACACAUUGUCAAUGAGAACUUUAAGAGCUAUGCUGGUGUUCAAAAAUUGGGACCCUUUCAUAAGAGUUUCACAGCAAUUAUUGGACCAAAUGGAAGUGGUAAAAGCAAUGUCAUUGAUUCAAUGCUGUUUGUGUUUGGUUAUCGGGCGAGCAAAAUAAGAUCUAAGAAGAUUUCCGUACUUAUACAUUCUUCAAGCAAGUUUCCAAAUGUUAAUAGUGCCAGUGUUGCUGUACAUUUCUGUCAGAUUAUUGAUGGGGAAGGAGAUAGUUUCACAUUGGUACCCAAUAGUGAAAUCGUUGUAUCGAGGACUGCGUUCAAGGAUAAUUCGUCCUUCUAUACAUUUAACGGGAGACGGGUUCAGUUCAAGGAAGUUGCUAAAAUGCUUAGGUCACACGGCAUAGAUCUGGACCACAAUCGUUUCCUUAUAUUGCAGGGUGAAGUGGAACAAAUAGCCAUGAUGAAGCCGAAGGCUCAAACAGAGCAUGAGUCUGGCAUGCUCGAGUACCUGGAAGAUAUUAUUGGAACGUCGCGGUAUAAGGAACCAAUUGAAAAAUUAGCAGUCAAAGUAGAGGAAUACAGUGAAAUGCGCAAGGACAAACUGAAUCGGGUACGCUUGGUUGAGCAAGAGAAGCAACGCCUUGAGCAGCCGAUGAGAGAGGCUGUAGACUUGAUGGAGCUGACCAAUAACUCGCUGAGAACUAGAAAUACAUUAUUGCAGAAAUAUGUAUAUGAAACAAAUAAGAUCAUCGAGAACAAGAAUAAAGAACUGGAAGAGCUGAAAGAAUCUUUGAGUAAAAUCGAUGAGAAACUAACUGAAAUCAAAGAGAAUUUGCAUGAAAAAACUAGAGAAUUGAAAAAUGGAACACAGCAAUAUGAUGAAAUGCAAAAGAAAAAAGAGGAAAUAGGGGAGAAGUUGCAAACAAGUAAGCGCAAACAGGUCACCGUGCAAGCGGAGACAACUCAGGCCAAUAAGAAGAAAAACAAUUUGGAGGAAAUGCUGAAAACUGAAAGGGGGAAACUCGUUGAUUUGGAAAUGGUCCCAGAAAAGAACAAACGUGAAAUAGCCGAUUGUGAAGCACUGCUUGCUAAGCACGUGGAUAAUAAAAAGCGGUCUGACGAUGAGUUGCAGACGGCUAUGGCCGGUGUUAGAGAAAAAACCAAAGGUCUGCAAGAGCAAAAGGACUCAUUUCUAGUCAAAUUGAGGGAUUUAAAGAAGAUAGUCGACGAAGCGAACAAGAAUUUCAAUCUGGCAGAGUCAGAGCUCAAAAUAUACCUGAGCACCGAACUGAAAGAGACAGAGAAAUUGGAGAGAAUGAGAGAGGCAUACGAGAAGGCGGCCAGUGAUUUCGAGGAGAAGAAAACUUUACGCGGGACGUUGUCGAAAAAUGUGCCGACCCAAGAGCAAGAUUUGACUCAAAUGCGCAAUAGGAUACAAGUCUUAAAGAAUGAAGAGGCAAACGUUUUGAAGGAAACCAGAACCUUAAGGGGUCAGUUAGAGGAAUCGAAGCAAGCGAUGAGCGCAAAUAGGUCGCGCGGCAGAGUACUAGAUGCACUCAUGAAAGAGAAACGGGCCGGAAGAUUGCCUGGAAUAUUCGGUAGAUUGGGUGACCUCGGUGGUAUAGACAGCAAGUACGACGUAGCGAUAUCGACUUGUUGUGGCGCGUUGGAUAACAUAGUCGUCGAUGCGGUGGACACUGCGCAGGCGUGUGUUGAAUUUUUGAAGAAAAACGAUAUAGGGCGGGCCACUUUUAUCGCGCUGGAUAAACAGCAGCAUCUCAAACGAUAUUACGAGAAGAAGAAUACAUAUCCCGAAAACGUGCCACGCCUCUUCGACUUGGUGCAAGUGAAAGACGAACGCGUUUUGCCCGCCUUCUAUUACUCGUUGCGCGAUACGCUAAUCGCCAAGGAAUUGGAGCAAGCCACGAGAAUCGCGUAUGGGGCCACGAGAUAUCGAGUUGUCACUCUCAACGGUGACGUAAUAGAGAUAGCUGGUACAAUGUCCGGGGGGUGGCAAACCGAGGAGAAACUCUCGCGCAUGGAACAGAGGUUAUCAGAGAUCCGAAACGAACAAGCAAGUCUAGAUGAGAAAAACGCGUCUCUGCAACAGAGUGUUCAAGACGGCAAGAGACAACUUCACAAACUGGAAAUUGAUUUAAACAGCUUGAAGGAAGAAGUUCCUAAUUUGCAGAAACAAAUCCAACAACAAGAGAGAAAAGUAAGUUCCUGCAAAGUAGACGAAGCCCAGAAGUCCAGAUUAGAGGGUAAAGUUCAAAACGCGGAAGAGAAACUUACCAAAGCAAAACACGAUGCUGGAGAGGUAGAGAAAGAAGUAGACGGCGUGGACGCUCAAAUAGCAAAAGUAGCUGGGAACAAAGUGAAAGAAUUACAGAAGUCUGUUGAAGAACUUGGUAAGAAGAUCGACAAAGUCAAUGCGGAGAUCACUAAGUUGCGCGUGGGCAUCAAUACUAGCAUCAGAAAUGCGAAGAAAUGUAAAGACAAAGUAGCACAAAUGGAGGUGGAUUUGAAAGAGACAGAAGAAAAUUUGGAAAGUCUAAAGAAUCAGAAGAAACAACUUACUUUGAGUAUUGCUGAUCUACAGAAGGAGUUUGAUGAGCUAGGAGAGAAAAUAAGCGAAGGCACGAGCGAGUUCACUGGUCUGCGUAAGGAGAUAGCGAAAUUGCAAGAAAACGAAAAUAAAUUGAAGAGCGAACGGUUGGAGGCCAAUAACUCUGUCAGUAAAAUGGAGAAAUCUAUACAGGACUGUACCAACAAGACACCGCAGUGGGAAAGAGAGCUACAAUCGCUAAAAUUGGAAGAUCCCGGGAUCGAGAUGCCCGGUAUUACCAGACCGACUCCACUAGUCGUGCACACCAGCGUGGAACUGGAAGAAUUCUCCGUAGAAGAGUUGAGGAAUCGACUGACUGCUCAGAAAGCUAGAAUAGGUGACAACAAGCCUAACUUGCAGGCUAUACAGGAUUUCAGAGCUAAAGAGGAUUUGUAUCUUAAAAGGGCGGCAGAACUGGACGAAAUCACCACAAAGAGGAAUGAAAUGCGUAAUUUGUACGAUGAGUUAAGAAAGAAGAGGACCACCGACUUCUUAUGUGGUUUUAACACAAUAACAACAAAACUGAAAGAAAUGUACCAGAUGAUAACUUUAGGGGGUGAUGCUGAAUUAGAACUGGUGGAUUCACUUGACCCGUUUACAGAAGGAAUUAUUUUCAGUGUCCGACCUCCAAAUAAAUCGUGGAAAAAUAUAUCGAACCUAUCUGGAGGUGAAAAAACAUUGUCUUCGCUUGCUUUGGUAUUUGCGCUACACUACUAUAAGCCGACGCCUCUUUACGUCAUGGACGAAAUUGAUGCGGCUUUAGACUUUAAGAAUAUAUCUAUAGUUGCUAAUUAUAUUAAGGAGCGUACAAAGAACGCACAAUUUAUAAUAAUUUCGCUGCGAUACAACAUGUUUGAGGCUUGUAACCGUCUGGUUGGGAUCUACAAAACCCAGGAUUGCACUAAGUCACUCACAGUUGAGAACACGGUGCCAGAAGAUGAGGCGUUCGAUAAUUUGGUCGCAUGUUAA